CCUGGUUUCGUCUCGUUAUUUAGAGCGAAGCGUCACGGACGUCUUUCUGCUUGUUCGAACGGGAGAGAGAUUGCACCGUCCUUGCACACAGUUAGGCCGGAAAGAUCCAGAACCAUGUCCAUCCUCAAGAUCCAAGCUCGUGAGAUUUUUGACUCCCGUGGCAAUCCCACCGUGGAGGUUGAUCUUUUCACCAAGAAAGGUCUUUUCAGAGCUGCGGUGCCCAGCGGUGCUUCCACCGGCAUCCAUGAGGCUCUGGAGCUCCGUGAUAAUGACAAAACGCGUUUCAUGGGCAAAGGUGUCUCAAAAGCUGUUGAGCAUAUCAAUAACACAAUUGCACCUGCACUGGUUAGCAAGAAUGUGAGCGUUCUGGAACAGGAGAAGAUCGACAAGCUGAUGCUGGACAUGGAUGGCUCAGAAAACAAGUCUAAGUUUGGUGCUAAUGCCAUCCUGGGCGUCUCCCUGGCUGUGUGCAAGGCUGGUGCAGCAGAGAAGGGCGUUCCCCUCUACCGCCACAUUGCUGACCUGGCUGGCAACGCUGAAGUCAUCCUCCCAGUGCCUGCUUUCAAUGUAAUCAAUGGAGGCUCCCAUGCAGGCAACAAGCUGGCCAUGCAGGAGUUCAUGAUCCUGCCAGUAGGAGCCAGUAACUUCAAGGAGGCCAUGCGUAUUGGUGCUGAGGUCUACCACAACUUGAAAAAUGUCAUCAAGGACAAAUAUGGCAAGGACGCCACCAAUGUAGGAGACGAGGGAGGCUUUGCCCCCAACAUCCUGGAGAACAAGGAAGCUUUGGAUCUGCUGAAGAAUGCCAUUGCCAAGGCUGGCUACACAGAAAAGAUUGUUAUUGGCAUGGAUGUGGCUGCCUCAGAGUUCUACAAGGAUGGAAAGUAUGACCUGGACUUCAAGUCUCCUGACGACCCAAGCCGCUACAUCUCCCCUGACAAGCUGGCUGACGUUUACAGGAGCUUUGUCAAAGAUUACCGUGUGGUAUCCAUUGAGGACCCCUUUGACCAGGAUGACUGGGAUGCAUGGUCCAAAUUUACAGCCAGCACCUCCAUCCAGGUGGUGGGUGAUGACCUCACCGUCACCAACCCCAAACGCAUCUCCAAGGCUGUGAGUGAAAAGGCCUGCAACUGCCUGCUGCUUAAAGUCAACCAGAUCGGUUCUGUUACCGAGUCUCUGAAGGCCUGCAAGAUGGCCCAGAGCAGUGGCUGGGGUGUGAUGGUUAGCCAUCGCUCUGGAGAAACGGAGGACACCUUCAUUGCUGAUCUGGUGGUUGGUCUCUGCACUGGACAGAUCAAGACGGGUGCACCUUGCCGAUCUGAGCGUUUGGCCAAGUACAACCAGCUGCUCAGGAUUGAAGAGGAGCUUGGCGACAAAGCCCGCUUUGCUGGCCAGAACUUCAGACACCCCAUCUGAGCAUUUCUUGCUCCCUGGGCCUAUGUGUGUUCAUUGCUCAUAAGUAACCCCACACAUCACACUAGGUCACCUGCCCUGUCUGGAGUGAAGAUGGAAAGAAGACUGCUGAAAUCCAAGGUCCAAGUCUGUGGCCUGUGGUGGGGGGGAAGCUACAGUACAUCGUAGUACAGCCACAGUUCAGCUCAUCCUCAAGCUAUGCUUUAGCUCCUGAAUAGUGUUGGUUCCUGUGUCUGUGUAGCUGUGUGAGAAACUUUUGUUUAGCUUCUUGUGGGCGGUAGUGGUUUUUUUGGUCCUCCGAGUAUUUGAGCUACUGUAACUUUAGUAUGGCUCUGCCUCGAGCAUCAGUAAGAGUACUGUAUAUGCAAUGUGUCACAUCUGCCAGAAAUAUAUAAUAAACAAUAUAGUUUGAAAUGUU